UUCGUUUCGGCGUGAAGCGCGAUCGCGUUUAUGGCAAACGUCAAAUUAGUUUACAGAUUUUUUAUCUCGCUCACGCAUACUAAUUACGAAUACGUGCGAUAGUGAUAGACGCGCUGCAUCAUGAUGGAAUCUAAAGAAACGUCGCGAAUUAUAACCACUUUGUUUUAAUUUAAAUGUGUAAACAUUGCAAUUAAAUUCGUUUUCACGUGUGUUUAAGAUAAAUUGUAGUUUUCCUAUCGAACUGUAUAAAUAUGGGGGAAGCGUCGAUUGAUUUGCUGGGUCUUCCAAUUGUUAUGAUAGAAAACAUUUUCUCGUAUUUAUCUUUCGAUGAAAUUGCGAAGAAUAGAUUGGUAUCGAGAGCCUUCGACGAGAUUUGCCGUCGCAUGCUAAACAGAGGCUUUAUCAUGAUCGAGCGUCGCCAUGCCAUGGCCCUCAAGAGUGUCAAGGCACAGCUUCCAAGAAGGGAAUCAGAACGGAGAUACCACCAUUUGUCCCGCCACUGCGACAUCCUGACGUCCAUAGAGACGCGCAUAUCUAUGCUCAACAUGACGUACUCCAAGUUCAUAGACAACGGUCUAUGCUGCUUUAUACCUGGCAAGGUGAUAGACGAGAUCCGCCGCGUGCUGUCGGUGGUGGAGUCGUGCAGCAGUCCGCCGCGCGCGCACGAGGUGCUGCAGGAGCUGCGCGACAUCUCCAGCAUGGCCAUCGAGCACUUCGACGACAAGAUCUCGCCCGCCUUCCGCAAGCGCCUGCAGCAGGCCGCGCAGCCGCCGCCGCCCAGGCCCGCGCAUUCGUCCGUGCUAGCCCCGUUGGCCAUGCGUCAAGAGUUGUCACUGCUGCGCCGGCGAACAGUACUCAAUGCCAAGCUGUCACUGUUCCUCGCGUCGCAGUACAAGAUCUUCUACAAACGGAUGAUGGACUAUAAGAAAGUAGCCUGGCGACAGCAAAAGACUAUCAGAGAAUUAACUAAAAGACAGAAGGAUCAAGACGCAUCCAUCGCUGAUCUCAAGAAGCGUAUUGAGGAAUGUGAUAUAAAGUACAGCGAGCUCACACACACGAACCAGGCAGUCGGCGGGAAAGCUAUUGGAGCGAGCGGCGGUCCAGACGCGCGUCCUCCCGCGCAGCCGCUGCGGCAUUUCUCGAGCCAGAUCAAGCUGGACCUGUCCGUGUUGCCCAUCGGGACCAACAAGAGGACCAACAAGAUGUUACCAAACAUGAAACCACGAAAACCGUUGAUCAAGCUCCCAAGUCUAUCCGAAGACGACACAGAACCGCCGCAAAAAAUACAAAAACUAGACGAGAACCGGUUGAACUCACCGUCUACAUCAGUAGACAGACAGAGCCCGAAGACAAAAUCCAUAGACACCAUAGCCAAAAUCCGAGGCAUAACCAACGAAAUAAGACAAUUAACUAGUCUCUCAAAAGCGUACGAGAGCAAACUAAAACGCCCCUAUUUAAAUAACGAUAACCCCGUACCAGAUAAGAAGCAGAAAUUAGAUUAAGACUCAAAUUGAAAAGUGAACUAGUUGAUUAGCUAGUUCCCGGAAUAAUUGUAAACUAAUUUGUCAACUAGUUCUGGUAUGAGUGUAUGCGAACUAGUUGAUUAACUAGUUCCCGGAAUAAGUGUAAACUAAUUUGUCAACUAGUUCUGAUAUUUGUGAAGAUAAACUAGUUGAUUAACUAGUUCUGUUAACUGAACUUAAACUAGUUUUUUAUUUAGUGUUAACGGUAUUUCGUUGCGCUUUAAAUUGUAUAGCAUUUGGUUGUAAAACGUUUAUAGUGAGCGAAUGGUUUCGAUUGUUUAAGAUUUUUAGUUAUAAGAUUUUGAACGCUGAUUUGAUGACGAUUAGAAUUUAUAUAGGUUACUCAAGAUUAUUCUCAAAAUUAUUUUAGUAUUUUUAAAGAAGUAUGUGAAAGUUGAGUGGUUAAAAUUUACGAAAGUGAAUGCAUAUAUGAGAUUUUUAAAACGGAUUUGUUGAUACAUCCGCAUGGAGAGUCAACUACCUCGUCUCAAAGUAAUAUUAUAGCAGUUGUGGAAGCGUGACAGCGCUAUACAAGGCGUAGAGCGCCAUCUCUCUCACACACUCGCUAUACUAUUACUGCAAAACGUGGCGGUAGACUGUCAGAUUAAAAUGUUGACAUUUGAAUGUCACGUGACAAAAGAAAACAAAUAAGUGUAGAAACUUAUGUACCACAGUUUAUUUAUAUCUACAUUAAAAACAUAUUUAACAUUUAACAGUUUUUUCUUCGACAAAAUAUAGUCUUAAAAGUUAUUUGCAUAGCAUCUAUAUGUCAUAUACAAAAUCGUAUUUUUAGUACUAUUAUAAUAAUAUUAAGAUAUAAUAAUCUAUUAUACAAAACAUAAUUAUAUGAAAAUAUAUCAUGUUUGCAUUAUACCGAUUUUGAUGUAACACUCAUAUAGCUUGUCUUUCAACUAACGAAGAGAUUAAUCAUUAUAUUAAUUAAGUUUAUUAAUUUAAAAAUGUUUGUAAGUUGUUAUAUUCUGAAAUUUCGGUUAACUAAAUAUAUUUAAAACAUAAUUAUUUGUAGUGUCGUAAUCGCAAUAAAAAGCAAUAUUAAUCGAUUAUAAAUAUCUAUCUAUCUUAAUUCAAAGAAAAGAUAUGUGUAACUAACACUUGUAGAAAAAUCUUAUAAAAAAAUUAUGUCAAUUUCCGCCUAUAAUAUAUGCUAAUUGUAGUGAACCUUUAGAUAUGUCGCUUUGGAAGAAAUUAUUUGAGUUUAAAGAAAGGCUCUUUUGCACAAUUAUAAGACUUGACUAAUUAAUGUGUUGGUUCUAUCAUGAUACAUAAUAUUUCAUGAAAAACAGCCAAAGCAUACAUUUCCUAUGUUAAUGUAAGAUUUUUACAUUGGUAGCCUACAGUAGUUACAGUGUAUAAUAGUUGUGCUAUGUUUAAAGGGCCGAUUGUGGGCUUACUCAAGGCAGAAUCGAGAUCGCAAUUCUAUUUCAAUGUAUUGAGUUUGUACUCGAGAAUCAGACACUAGCGCCAAUUCGUGCAGUGGCGCUAUUUGGAACUACUCUCGACAGCUAAUGACGCUAAAAGAUUAUAUUUUUGUUACCACUUUAUAUAAUAGGGAUGAUGAUCCCUAUUAUAUAAAUACUAGCUGUCCCGGCGAACUACGUAUAACACUUUUUUUUGCAACUUUUCCAUAUUUUAUCGCUGUUUUAACCUUCUCUAGACUCAAGAAUAUUUCAAGACUAAAAUAAGCCAAAUCGGUUCAGCCGUUCUCGAGUUUCAGCGAGACUAACGAACAGCAAUUUAAUUGAAUAUACAUAUUAUUUUAAGAAGAAGAAGUAGCUAAUAGUGCAUUAAUAAUUUGUUGAAGGGAAAUAUUUCCCUAGCUCAUUUUUUUUCUGGAAAGUCAUCCCGAAAUCUUUGUUCCUUUGAAUAAUUGUGCAAUUUAGCCUUAAAUCAAGAUUACUUUGUAGUAAUCUUAUAUAGUAUGUAAAUGUAGUAUUUAUAUUUCGUUAUAAAGACUGCUUCUGUCUUAAUAAACAUGUCUUCAUUAUCUUUGUUUAUUUAGCUGACCUAUUGUAAGAUGACCUUAUAUUAAACUGUUGCUAAAACUUGUUAAAAUGAACAUUAACGCUUAAGCUUUAUAGGUAAGGCUGAAUAAUGCUGUAGUUAUUAACACAGUUAUGUUUCAAUAGUCUACAGUAUUCCAAUUGCCUUAACUUGUAGAAAAAAAUGAUAGUCCUUUCACUAUGCCCACGACUCGAACAAGUAAGUAAAAAGUUUACCCUUGGGUUAAAUAAACACAUGCAGCUUUUUUGACAUGUUUUUGACAUUAUGAUAGGUCUGACUGAAAGGGUUAAAUGCUGCCAUUAC